UCAUGCUCUCCAGUGCACAAUGCACUCUCAUCUGUGGAAACUUCUUCAGAGCUUCCAGGCACUGUGGGCUCCAUAUUGUUAGUUGCAAAUACUUUGCGGUGUCCAGAGAUUCUGAUAUAUUCUGUUAUUUCAUCAGAGAAAGAACGUUUCUUCUGUGCGUUCUGCAUCCUUUUUGUUGUUGACCAACAAUAAGAGCUUUCAUUCUGAAAUAUCACAAGGGGGAUCAGCACAAACGCUCAGAGAUCCAAGGACUGUACGGUGCCAUCGUCACGGUUCGUUUAUGUAAAACCCCCCCACUUAAAUCCCAAGGAAUCCAAUCUGUAAAAGCAAAUUGGUUCGACUGACUUUAGGAUUACCUAAUCUGCUUGGGUGGACUACUCGCCUUCCGGGAUGGAGAGCGACAGCGAGUCUGAGUCGCUGUCACACAUCGAUAAGUACCUGUACUCCAUGCGUUUCUCGGACGAGACGCUGCGUGACGUCAUGGUGCGCUACGGGCGCGAGAUGGAGAAAGGCCUGAGCAAGGACACCAACCCCACCGCCACCGUCAAGAUGCUGCCCACCUUCGUGAGGUCCAUUCCGGAUGGAUCAGAAAAGGGUGACUUCAUCGCAGUGGAUCUUGGAGGCUCAAACUUCCGUAUCCUGCGAGUGAAGGUUUCUCAUGAGAAGAAACAGACCGUCCAGAUGGAGACGCAGAACUACGAUACCCCAGAGGACAUCAUGCACGGAAGUGGAACCAGGUUGUUUGACCAUGUCGCCGAAUGCCUUGGUGACUUUAUGGAAAAGCAAAAUAUCAAGGACAAAAAGCUGCCUGUUGGAUUUACUUUCUCCUUCCCUUGUGGACAUACCAAACUAGACGAGGCUGUUUUGCUGACUUGGACCAAACGAUUCAAAGCCAGCGGAGUGGAGGGUAUGGACGUAGUCCAGCUUCUAAACAGGGCCAUCAAAAAGCGCGGGGACUAUUCGGCUGAUAUCAUGGCUGUUGUCAAUGACACAGUCGGAACGAUGAUGACCUGUGGAUUUGAUGACCAUCGCUGUGAAGUUGGCAUAAUCAUUGGCACUGGGACCAAUGCGUGCUACAUGGAGGAGUUGAGACAUAUUGAGCUGGUGGAGGGAGACGAGGGCAGGAUGUGCAUCAACACAGAGUGGGGCGCCUUUGGCGAUGAUGGGAUGCUGGAGGACAUCCGCACUGAGUUUGACAGAGAGAUCGACCGAGGAUCUCUCAACCCCGGCAAGCAACUGUUUGAGAAGAUGGUCAGUGGCAUGUACAUGGGGGAGCUGGUGAGGCUCAUCCUGGUGAAGAUGGCCAAAGAGGGAUUGCUGUUCGAGGGACGGAUAACCCCUGAGCUGCUCACCAGGGGGAAAUUUGAAACGAAACAUGUCUCAGCCAUCGAGAAGAGCAAGGAAGGCUUGAGCAAAGCCAAAGAGAUAUUGAACCGUUUGGGUGUGGAGCCAUCGACGGACGACUGUAUUGCCGUUCAGCACGUCUGCGCCAUCGUCUCGCACCGCUCCGCUAACCUCGUUGCUGCCACCCUCGGGGCCAUCCUGAGUCGCCUGAAGGAGAACAAGCACGUCCCGCGCCUCCGUACCACCGUGGGCAUCGAUGGCUCCCUCUACAAGAUGCACCCACAGUAUUCCCGUCGCCUACACAAGACCGUCCGCCGGCUGGUGCCCGACUCUGACGUCCGUUUCCUCCUUUCGGAGAGCGGCAGCGGCAAAGGGGCUGCCAUGGUAACUGCCUGGGCUUAUCGGUUAGCCGACCAGACCCGGCAGAUUGAGGAAACUCUGGAUCAGUUCCGACUCACCAAAGACCAGCUGCUGGAAGUGAAGAGGAGAAUGAGGGUGGAGAUUGAAAACGGUCUGGGAAAGAAGACGCAGGACAAGGCCACCGUCAAGAUGCUGCCAACAUACGUUCUCCAGACUCCUGACGGGUCAGAGAAUGGAGACUUCUUAGCUCUGGAUCUGGGUGGGACGAACUUCAGAGUGCUCUUGGUGAAGAUUCGCAGUGGCAAGAGGAGGACUGUGGAAAUGCACAACAAAAUUUAUGCCAUUCCACAGGAGAUCAUGCAGGGAACUGGAGAGGAGCUUUUUGACCACAUUGUUCACUGCAUAUCUGACUUCCUGGACUACAUGGGCAUGAAGAAUGCCCGCUUGCCUCUUGGAUUCACUUUCUCCUUCCCUUGCAAGCAGAAUAGCCUGGAUGCGGGCGUUCUUGUUAACUGGACAAAAGGUUUCAAAGCCACUGACUGUGAGGGGGAGGACGUGGUGGGGCUGCUGAGGGAAGGCAUUAAGAGGAGGGAGGAGUUUGACCUUGAUGUGGUGGCCGUUGUGAAUGACACUGUUGGCACAAUGAUGACAUGUGCAUAUGAGGAGCCCACGUGCGAGAUUGGACUGAUUGCAGGGACUGGCAGCAAUGCUUGCUACAUGGAGGAAAUGAAGAACAUUGAGACGGUCGAAGGAAAUGAGGGAAGGAUGUGUGUUAACAUGGAAUGGGGCGGCUUUGGAGACAAUGGGUGCCUGGACGACAUCAGGACGCAGUACGACAGAGCCGUGGAUGAGUUAUCCCUCAACGCAGGCAAACAGAGGUAUGAGAAGAUGUGCAGUGGGAUGUACCUGGGGGAGAUUGUACGGAAUAUCCUGAUCGACUUGACAAAGCGAGGCUUCCUUUUCCGAGGCCAGAUUUCAGAGACCCUGAAAACCCGGGGAAUCUUUGAAACCAAGUUCCUCUCUCAAAUUGAGAGUGACCGUCUUGCUCUACUGCAAGUGAGGAGCAUCCUGCAGCACCUGGGCCUGGACAGCACCUGCGAUGACAGUAUCAUCGUGAAGGAAGUGUGUGGCACUGUUUCCCGUCGUGCUGCUCAGAUCUGCGGAGCCGGAAUGGCCGCCGUGGUCGACAAGAUCCGUGAGAACCGAGGACUGGACCAUCUGAACGUCACAGUGGGGGUGGAUGGCACUCUCUACAAGCUCCAUCCACACUUCUCUGGGAUCAUGAACCAGACAGUGAUCGAGCUCGCCCCCAAGUGCAGUGUCAACUUCCUGCUGUCGGAGGACGGCAGCGGCAAGGGUGCUGCCCUCAUCACGGCCGUGGGCUGCCGCAUGCGCGAGCAAGAGAAGCAGCAGAGCUGAGCGUCCAUGGCUGACCUCUGACCUCCGCCCUCCACCGACUUUCCCUCCCUGCUGCCACUGCUGCUUCUACAGCCUGACUGUCGCAGCCUUGACUCUGCUUGUCUCCCCUCCCCUCCCCUCCCCUCCCCUCCUGUCACUUUCUCCUCCACACCAAUGGGGAGAAGAUGGUUCCGAGCUCCAUACCUUCGCAGGGCGUUUGGUCACAAACAUUAUUCCAUCUUUGACGGCCUUUUUCACUUGGUUUAUAUGUGUUUGUGUGUGUGUGUUAGUGUGUGUGUGUGUGUGUGUGUGUGUGUCUGUGUCUGUGUCUGUGUCUGUGUGUCUGUGUCUGUGUGUGUGUGCGUGUGUGUGUGUGUGUAUGUAGGAGGCGGGCUAUCCUCGUGACUUGAGUCUAUUUUCAGAUAUUUUAAAACAAUGUAUUGUAAGGCUGCUGUAAACAUUUGUGUGUGGCUGUACAGUAUAUAUAAAGCAAAAGGGAAGAUGUCUAGACACAGAGAAUUGAAUAUCUUUGACCCCGUAUGUAUAUUAUUUAUUUUAUUUUUGUAUUUGAUGGGAGUGUUGUCAUGACUGAGUGAAAUGUCACUAGAGAUGGGAGAUGGGAAAUGUAGUUUUGCUUUGCAAAAAAACGAGACUCCAAUAAUACAGAAAGCCUCCCAGCGGUUUCAGAUGAUAAAUCACAUACCCUCUCUGAUUGGUGGAGUUCUCAGCUGGACCCAGGGUGAGUUCUGCCCUUGUAUGGUGAGCUGUCUGACCAUCAACAUCCCCCCAAGUCACGGCUGCUCUCCCACACAUCAACACUCCACCCCCCCCCCCCCCCCCCCCACCCCUCCAGUGUCAGAUAUCCAAGAUCCACUCAGGCUUCUCUGCCUCAUUUGCACAAUAGAAGAACCAUCCAUGCACCAAAGCAGAUAGGAUCUGAAUGUGUGUGGAACAUUUCCUGCCUUUGCCCAGCCAAACCUGUCCAUAAAAAAAGAGGGAAAACUCUGCACUCAUUGGAAAUCAAUAACAUUUGACAAAUCUGUACAUAUACAGUACAUACAUAUAUACUAUAUAUAUAGCAUAUAUGCAUAUACAUAUAUAUAUAUAUAUAUGCGUAUAUAUAUAUAUAUGUGUGUGUGUGUGUGUUUAUAUAUAUAUAUAUAUAUAUAUAUAUAUAUUUCUACAAUUAUUUCAAGGAGCACCAUGUGUUUCCUUAUGUCUCUAUGCUGCCCCUUUCUUUUUGCUGUGCAGCAAGUAACCAGGCACAAGCCCAGAGUGGGCACUACCGUACUAUAAUCCUUCUGCUUUCGAGGCUAGGCAAGUUGAAUGAUACAUUUACAGUGGAUGGGUGUGUGUGUGUGUUGCGAAGAUACGUUUUUGUGAGUUCUACCAUGAGAAUACCUGUACAGUGUAUUUUAGCCCCAGGUAAUGAGGAAUGCAUGCCUUAUUUGGUAACAGAGGUUUAGCAGACAUUUAUUUUGUACAAUUACAUAGACGCUCUAUAGUUGCUCCAGAAAAUGAACCAUGAACAAAAUAUGAUAAAACUGUAUUUUGAUGAGCAACCAAA